AGAGAAGAGACAGGUCUACAUUUGGCCCCUUUUCCAAUCCUCUUUUCCUCUCAGGAAACACAUCCUGUUGCUGGCUGACUUUGGCUGCCAGUCUGUUUGUUGCACAUGGGAGAGAGGACUUUAGCACACGCCCCCUGGUCUUCAGACAAAAGAAUCCAGCAUGCUGUGACGUCUAGAACAGUUUUUUUUUUUUUUUUUUUUAAGACACUCGCAAAUAGAAUCAUGGUUUUUAAAGUGAUCCUGGAGGAGGGGACAACUAGUAUAGAGCUCUCAGCAUCUGCACACUGAUGCCUCGGACCGUAACGAAAAGCAGCUCUCCCACAUUUCAACUCUGACCUAAAGCGUUUGCAGAGUGCAAGAGAGAGAAAGAGAGAGAGAGAGAGCAGUUGGCAGGAGACAGAGAGAAGCAGCAGGAGGUGGACCAGAGGACUUCUUGUUCCAGUCAGACAGUGGAGACGCUCCAAAUCAAGAGGGUUGAAGUUAGUCUAAGCAAAGUCUUUAGCAAGUCAGUUCCUAGCAACACUGUCCAAAGAAUCUUUGUAUUUUUUUAUUUACUAUUUUAAAAAAUGAUUUAAUACUACUUUGGGAAAAAAGAAACUAGACCAAAAGGCUCCACAAAAAGAGUAGCAAGAAAAGAAAAAGUUUAAGUUUAAACACAGGCAAACUAAAGCUGGGUUGAGAUCCAGGAGUCAAGCUGCAGCCAGAGGAAGCCAGUGGGAUGGACCCAGGUGCCAGUUGGAUCAAUCCCCAAGUACCUGCACUGCUGUCUGAGGAGGAGGGCUGAGAAUCUGCUGCCACGACAACCAACCCCUGAAUGAGGAUGAAUGGAGAUGUUCUUUAGGUAAAGCAACACUCCUACUAAAUCGUCUGAGUGAGCUGCAGAAGAACCGAGGUCACAGCUGGACGUGGAGGAGGUCGUGGAGGGGAGUCAGGGGGCCCUGAGCACCGCCGGCGACUCUGGCCCAGAGGACAGAAGUGAGCGGUACACUGAGGAGGGACAUCACGGAGGGGAAGAGGUGGCAGGCGUCAGGCGACGCAUGGCCGUCCAGAGGCUGGUUGCGGCAGCAGUGUUGGUGGCACUGCUGUCCUUAGUCCUAAACAACAUUGCAGCCUUCACCCCAAGCUGGGUCCUUCAAGCUCUGGAGGACGGACGCAAGAGGAAUGUGGGACUAUGGAAAAUGUGCCCCGUCGGGGGCCGUGAUGACCUCCAGGGUGCAAGUCAAAGGCAGUGUCAGAGCCUCGGAUGGGGGUCCGAUUAUGCAGGCUACCAAGAAUCCCACAGCACUGUUAAAUUGCAGUUUAACAUGAUGCGAGCGUGCAACCUGAUAGCGACCGUGGCGCUGACUGUUGGUCAGCUGAUCUUCCUUCUCGGCCUGAUGGAGCUGCCCUUUAUUACACAGGAGUCCCAGUGGUGGGAGGAAGCCAUCGCUGCGCUCUUCCAACUAGCUAGUUUUGUGCUGGUGAUUGGUCUAGUUACCUUCUACAGGAUCGGGCCCUACACACACCUUUCCUACUCUUGCUACGUGAACAUUGCAGCCUGCCUCCUGGCCACAAUGGCAGCAGCCAUGCUCAUCUGGAACAUUUUACACCGACGAGAUGACUGCCUAGCUCCACGGGUUAUAAUCUUCCCUCCUUCGCUGGCAUCACAUUUUCAUCCACGUUUAGACAACGACUAUGUAGAGUCACCAUGCUGAGUCGCGACUAAUGGACCAGAGCGUGUUCUCCAUAGCUCCUGUUAUACUUUGGCUAGAUGUCUGUGAUGGGACUCUAAAGACUACAUGCAUCCCUGUGGCUCCACAGAGGCUGGAUACUUGUUCUUACAGCAAAUGGUUUCUUCUGCUCCCAUCCCUUUAAAUAUAACCGAAUUAUUGCUGCUUAAAGCACAAGCACAUAUUUAUCCCAAAAUACCGCGAAGCAGCCCUAAAACAUACAUUCAUACCGUAUGUCAUUAAAAUCACCCUAAGGUGAGCUAAAUGGUUGCUAACAUGGAAACCUGGGUGUGGACUGCUUUCAAUGCAUCUUUGUAAAGAGAUCAAGCUGGAACUUGACAUAUUUUUAUAAAACGCACUUAUUGAAUGCUCCCUGACAGAAUUUAGAAUUGGGAAUGAUAAUACCAGAUUACCUCAUACUUGUCUCCAUCCAUUAAAGUGUCUUAUAAUGUAAACACAUAUUGUUACUAUUAGCAUAUCUUCAAGGUAAGGUGGUAAACUAACAAGGUGCUGAUGUAAAGCAAGUUUUUAACUGUGCUUUUCUAUAUCAAUAACAGUUCUAAACAGAAACUAAGAGCUAUUGUUUUGAUCUUAGUAAGCAAAAAAGCUAAAUUAGAUCAUAUCGGUAAAAGCAAAGGAUGAAACAGGAUUUAUUCCAGUCACUGACACAUGGAGAGAAAACAUUGACUGUGAAUUCAUUUGGAUUUUUAAAAAGAAAAAAAAGACUGAAUAUUACAUUUAUUUGAUAUAUCGCUUUCCUUAUCAAAUUCUGCUUGCUUGUGGUACAUACUAUACACCUUAAAUUAAGAGACUAGAACAGCGCUACCAUUAGACAUGGGAGAUUGGGACCAAUAUUUAAGUUAUGUAUGAGUCCAACAGGGUAGCAAGCAAAGAGGCACAUCAACUAAAUACUAUUGUAAAUUCAAUAAAUAUAUUUCUAAAUAUAUGAACUCGUUGGCUACUGUUGUUCUUAUUGUUGACAUUAUUACUACGUAAAGCUGAUAAAAGGGCAAUUAAAGCAUUAGGGAUAAAGUUUAACAACAUACCCCACAUUUAUUAUGUCCACUGAUAGAC